AUGAAACUACUUGAGUAUAAGCAAAGGGAGCUUCAACAAAUAUCAACUGAAAUUCAAAGGCUUUCACAAGGAAAUCCACGGCAACAACGGAAAUGCGCACGCUUGAAGGAAGAUCACGAAAAACUAAUACAAGAGAUACAGAAGUUGCAAGAAAAUAGGAAAAAAGAUGAAAAAAGAAAGAAUACGAAGAGCUGUGAAAAACGCUAG